CUUACGCAAACGGCACUUGCAAAGGCGGAAAUGUUUUGGUAAAAAAUACGUGGAUGAACGAGACCAAGGAAGCACUCCGGAAAGUCUGCGCGGAUGCAGGCUGGAAGAAUUUCAAUGAGAAACUAAACUACAGUCCCAGCUUGGAUUGUAUUCUCCAGUUAGAGUGGGUAAAUAAGAGUAACGAGUAUCACUCGCUUGUUCAGCAUUGGUAUCCACACCAAGCAAACAUACGAGAUAUCCCAAAAGAAAAUGCAUUUGAAUUGAUGGCGGCACUUCGAUGGCAAGCUCGCCGUUGGUACAAAGAUCUUCUUUGCGCGUCAGCCCAGAAGGACAGGUCCCCCAAUAAUCGUUACUAUGCCUGCGCAACAUACGACAGAGACUACAGAAAAAUUGGGUGGGGGAUUCAACACAAAUUCGCCUGCGUAUUCUCCAAUAAGGAGUCAGAAAAAUAG